UAUGUAUUUACAGUUAACACAUUUGAAAAGUUUUUGUAUUACUAAAUGUCACAAUGGCAAUCAAACGUUUAUUACUGUCUCGACAUGGUGAAUCAGAGUUUCUUAAGAAUAAUUUAUUUUGUGGUUGGGUUGAUUCCCCGUUAACAGAAAAGGGUAAAUUGCAAUCAAUUGAAGCAGGAAAACUAUUAAAAAAGGCUGGUGUGAAAAUCGAUGAAUGCUAUACAUCAUUUUUGUCACGCGCUGAGCAAUCACUCCAAAUUAUAUUAGACUAUAUAGGACAAAGUACUAUUCCAAUAUAUAGGCAUUGGAGAUUAAAUGAGCGGCAUUAUGGUGCAUUAACUGGGUUGAAUAAAAAACAAACAAUAGAAAAAUAUGGUAGGGAACAAGUUCAAUUAUGGCGUCGUAGUUAUGAUGUAGUUCCACCACCAAUGGAACCAGAUCAUCCAUGUUAUGACCAAAUCCGAAAUAAUCCAAAGUUUCAGGAAUAUGGUAUAUCGCUAGAUGUUAUACCAAAUGCGGAGAGUUUGAAAACAACGGUUGAAAGAAUAUUACCUUAUUGGAAUGAUAAUAUUGUUCCCAAAUUAAAACAAGGCAAAACAAUAUUGGUGGUGUGUCAUGGGACUGUGAUACGGGCAUUGGUUAAGCAUUUAGAAAAAUUAACGGAUGACGAAAUUAGCCUUGUAAACAUUCCAACAGCAAUACCAUUGAUCUACGAAUUUGAUUCUCAAUUUGAAAUUGUAAAAAAAAGAGAAUAUUUGGCUGAUGCUGAAACUGUGAAAAAAGCUCUUGAUAGUCUAAAAGUUUCGUAGAGCCAAUUUUUUUUUUUAAAUAUUUGUAAUAAAGUUUUUUUUAAAGAAA